CACAUUUUGACAGCCGUCACAUUUUAUUUACGUUUGUGGAUUUGUUUUUCACAUCGCAGAAAAGAAGAAAUGGCAAGUUUAGCUUGUCUCCAGGGCUAUGGAAGUGGAAGUGAAACAGGAAGUGAUUCAGAAGACACAAAGCAAAAUGCCGAGCAAGUGGAAAAGAUUGAAAAUCCCAUCGGAAGUAGUGAAUUUUCACUUGCAAAAUCCAUCGCUGUCUGCUCUAACCCAACUGUAAUUCCCGUGAAGGAAGCCAGCGUGUCGAGAGUUGUGGAUCCAGCAACGAAAGAAUUGCAGUAUAACCCAAAAUACGAUGAAUUAUUUGCGCCAGUGAAGGGUCCGGAAAACCCCUUUCUCACUGACCAAAUGCGUGCCACAAAGAAUAUGCUGUGUGGCUUCGUGGAGAAGGCACAUAUUAGUGCGUUUCAGUUUGAGAAUCAACGAAGGACCUUUCACACAUUCGGGUACGCAUUGGAUCCAUCGGUGGAUGGGGAAGGAUGCGACGGGCAGAGCUACGUGGGUGAUCUUCAGGCUGCCUACGAUACGGAUGGUAAGACAGUUUUUGAACCCGCCACCCUGCCAACGUCACAGAGUAAACGAAAGAGGCACCGGAAUGACAAACCCGAGGACAUUAAUGGAUUCCUGGGGCCAUGGGGGAAGUUUGAGGAUGAGAAAACAGUCGCUGUGCCCACGGAACAGGAGAAAGCCGAACUGGAGGAGUUGCUGUCGAAGAAGCACAAACGCGGCAAGUUGCUGGAAGAGAAGCCUGUUGAGGAGAAGUCUGUGCUGCACAUUAAGGAUGCCAUUGACUAUCAGGGACGCAGCUUCUUGCAUGCUCCUCACGAUGUUGGUGUGAAUUUGCGUUCUGACGCUCCACCGUCUCAAUGCUUCCUGCCCAAAUCACACAUACACACGUGGCAGGGACACACGAAGGGUAUAGCGGCUAUACGGCUCUUCCCGCGCACAGGUCAUCUCCUCUUGAGCGCCAGCAUGGAUACCCGGGUGAAGUUGUGGGAAGUUUACGGAGAGCGACGCUGCGUACAAACCUACUCAGGGCACAGACAAGCUGUACGGGAUAUUUGCUUCAACAACAAAGGCACGCAAUUCCUCUCUGCUGCCUAUGAUCGGUACAUAAAGCUCUGGGACACGGAAACUGGCCAGGUGGUGUCACGCUUCACCUCGCGCAAGAUUCCCUUCUGUGUCAAAUUCUACCCAGACAACAACAAGCAGUACCUCUUUGUGGCUGGGACGUCGGACAAGAAGAUCAUUUGCUGGGACACGAGAAGCGGUGAGAUUGUCCAGGAGUACGAUAGGCAUCUCGGAGCUGUGAAUUCCAUUACCUUUGUCGAUGGGAAUCGACGAUUUGUCACAACAUCCGACGAUAAGAGCUUGAGGGUGUGGGAAUGGGAUAUUCCGGUGGAUAUGAAGUACAUUGCUGACCCGACAAUGCACUCGAUGCCCUCCGUUACACUCUCGCCCAACAACAAAUGGCUCGCUUGUCAGAGUCUCGACAAUAAGAUUGUCAUCUUCUCAGCUCUAAAUCGCUUCAAGAUGAAUCGCAAGAAGACCUUUACGGGACACAUGGUGGCUGGAUAUGCCUGCAGUUUGGACUUUUCACCUGAUAUGAGUUUUCUGGUUUCUGGAGACGGUGAUGGGAAAUGCUACAUUUGGGAUUGGCGAACAACAAAGCUGUACAAGAAGUGGAAAGCACACGAUGGUGUCUGCAUAAAUUGUCUGUGGCAUCCACAUGAACCCAGCAAACUCAUUACAGCUGGAUGGGAUGGGCUCAUCAAGUAUUGGGAUUAAUCCUAUAUGUAAAAUAAUUAAGGAAGAAAUCUUGUUGAGAAGAGAACUCAAUAAAGAGAUGAAAAUAUAUUUUUGAAA